AAAGGUUGAAAAACUAUCCACCCUUUUCAACAGUUCUCUCUCUCUCUCUCUCUCUCCAGCGUCCCUUGUCUCCAUCUCUGUGCGUUGCUGCUGUGCUGCCUUUAAAUGGAGACCUGUGCUUCAGCUUCAAGAUUCACUGAUUUUGCUCUCUAAAUUCUCUGUCCUCAAAACUCCCGUAUAGGAGAAAAGCCAGAUUUGAGUUUUUGGAGCCUUUGGAGUUUUUGGGCAAUCCCGAGACAAACUCUAUCUCCCCUUUUAAGCUUUUCGCUCUCAACCCUUUUCACCAUCUAGUGAAAAAUCCCCCAAAAGCCUAAAGAAAAAAACAAACAAGAAACGGAAAGAUCAACUCAUCUUUUCCUCUCUGUUCUCAGUUCUCAAUCUAUCUGCCACUCCCUCUCUCUCUAUCUCCUUGGCUUCUUGUGCUGGGGUGUGUGGUAUGGAAGAGAGUUAUUACAAGAAGAGUGGACAGAUUCCGGCGUUCGGGAACUGGGACUACACGAACGAUCUUCCCAUCACUCAGUACUUCGACAGCGCCAGACAAGCCGGCUUGGUCCGCUCUCAUUGCUCCUCUUCUUCAUCCGGCGAAUGUGGUCGUCCGCAGCCGCGCGCCAGUGCUGGUUUGUCUGAAGAGAGGCAUCAACAUCGCCGCCGUCAUCCUACCGCUGCUCCUCUUGGCGUCCCUCCUGGAAAGCAGACAAGAGUGAGGGAAAAGCGACCCGCGCAUGUCAAGGAGGAGCCCAAAAAGCAAUCCAGAACGUGCGACCGUGACGUGUCAGAACCGCCAAAGGGACAGCGCUACGUGUCAGUGACUGGCAACGACAAAAACAAGGUUGACAAUAAACUGCAAGAAGACGACGCCGGUUCGGUCCCUUAUCCUCCAAUGUCCCCACGAAGACGACCCCCGAAGCCUGUCGAUGAAGAUCUCUACAAAAUAUCCCCCGACCUCCUUCGCACCACCAAGAGGAAGAAGAUGCUGGGAUUCAUCUCAAGGUGUCUGGCUCCAGCUUGCACAGCUUAAGCUCAUUGUCCAGGUCCAGUGCUAGUGAGAACUCAAAAAUGUUCACGCUUAAAAGUUUUCUUUUGUUAUGGUUUUGUUUUUGCCGAAAAUGUGUGGAAAGAAUUGAUAUUAUAUAUAUUGAGUAUAGAUCGAGGAGGUAGAAGUACAUUUCUGGAUUCCAAGAUGGCCACACUCCGGCCUUGCGAUCAACCUUAAUGUGCUCAGUUAGUAGCUUUACGAUUGGAUGAUAGUGAUGAUGAAUUUGAAAUUUAGUCAUUGAGGAAGCAAACAGAUUGAAAUAAACGAGUUGAAUCGCCUAAUGAGCAGACUUUAUUUCGCUA